AUGGUAGAAUCUGAGCGAAGCUCUUUAAUUUCUAAAGAAAACAUUAAAGAUAUAAAAGAAUUGCUAAAAGUUAUAUCUCAGCAUCAUCUAUCUUUCCUCGAUUAUUCUCUGUUAUCAGGUGUGUUUAUACGCAAAAUUGUAUAUAGUAUUUGUCUAAUAAAGCCUAGAUAUGAAUCAAUUAUUCAUGAAUUUGAUCCAUGGUUUAAUUUUCGUGCUACGAAAUACUUAAUUUCUUCUUCGUUGAAUGAUUUUUGGAAUUGGUUUGAUGAUCGAACAUGGUAUCCUUUAGGACGAGUGACAGGAGGAACAAUGUAUCCAGGAUUAAUGGUUACGUCGUAUAUUAUUCAUUCUAUUUUUCAUUUUUUUAAUUAUCCUGUUAAUAUUCGUGACGUUUGUGUCUUUUUUGCGCCUGCUUUUUCAAGUCUAACAGCACUUGCAACAUAUCUAUUUACAAAAGAAUUAAAAGAUGAAACAGCAGGGCUUUUUGCUGCUGCGUUUAUUGCUAUCGUACCAGGAUACAUUUCAAGAUCUGUUUCAGGAAGCUAUGAUAAUGAAGCAAUUGCUAUUACACUCUUAAUGACAACAUUUUUUUUGUGGAUUAAAGCAGUAAAAACAGGGCGUGCUUUUUGGGGUGCAUUAACUGCUUUUUUCUAUUUUUAUAUGGUUUCUGCUUGGGGUGGGUAUGUCUUUAUUACGAACAUGAUUCCUUUACAUUGUUUCCUUCUUAUUUUAAUGGGCCGUUUUUCAUCAAAAAUAUAUAUAGCAUAUUCCAGUUUCUAUAGUUUAGGAACAUUAAUGUCAAUGCAAAUCCCAUUUGUUAGCUUUCAGGCGAUUCGUACUAGUGAACAUAUGUCUGCACUUGGUAGUAUUUUUGGUUUAAUGCAGAUUUUGGCAUUUGUAAACUUUAUACGAUCUCAUGUUUCUGAUAAAAAAUUUCAAGACCUUCUUAAGUAUAGUGUAUUCUUUUUAUUUUUCUUGUCUUUUCUUGUACUGGUUUUAUUGACAGUGGCUGGAGUAAUUGCUCCAUGGACAGGCCGAUUUUAUUCUUUGUGGGAUACAAGUUAUGCAAAAAUUCAUAUUCCUAUUAUUGCUUCUGUUUCAGAACAUCAGCCAACUUCCUGGACAUAUUUCUUCUUUGAUUUUGGAUUACUAAUUUGGCUAUUCCCUGCUGGUAUUUAUUUCUGCUUUCAAAAACUGAAAGAUGAACACGUUUUUGUUAUUAUAUAUGGUAUUAUGGCCAGCUAUUUUUCAGGAGUAAUGGUUCGCCUUAUAUUAGUAUUGGCACCAGUUAUUUGUGUUGCAUCAGCACUUAGUUUAACAGCAUUAUUGGAUAAAUAUCUAUUUUUUCCAAAUUUUCAAUUUAAAGCACUAUUUACUUCUAAAUCAAAGAAUAAUGUAAUUAAAAGCUCUAAGAAUAUAACCAAUUAUGCUGGAUUUUAUAUCUCCAGAAUUGCACUAGUAUCUUUACUUUUUUAUUAUUUAGUUUUAUUCGUCUAUCAUAGUACAUGGGUCACGUCCAAUGCAUAUUCUUCACCAUCUGUAAUAUUUUCAGGUCAAACAUCAUCUGGGAAAGAUUUUAUUAUUGAUGAUUACCGCGAAGCAUAUUAUUGGUUAAGAAAAAACACACCUUAUGAUGCGAAAAUUGCAAGUUGGUGGGAUUAUGGUUAUCAAAUUGGAGGUUUAGCAGAUAGAAUUACUUUAGUUGAUAAUAACACAUGGAAUAAUACACAUAUUGCAACAGUGGGAAAAAUUAUGUCUAGUCCUGAAGAAAUUUCAUACCCAAUUUUAAGAAAACAUGACGUAGAUUAUGUUCUUAUUAUUUUUGGAGGAUUACUUGGAUAUUCUGGAGAUGAUAUAAAUAAGUUUCUUUGGAUGGUUAGGAUUGCAGAAGGUGUUUGGCCUAAUGAAGUAAGAGAGAAUGACUUUUUUUCAUAUAGUGGAUACAGAGUCGAUAAAGAAGCAACACCUACUAUGAAAAAUAGUCUUAUGUAUAAAAUGAGCUAUUACAAUUUUAAUAAAUUAUUUAAUGGAAAUGAAGGCUAUGAUUCAGUUAGAGAACAGUAUAUACCAGCUGAGAAUAUUGUUUUAAAUACACUAGAGGAAGCUUAUACCACUGAAAAUUGGCUAGUUCGAAUUUAUAAAGUUAAAAGUUUGGAUAACUUAGGAAGAGAUUAUACAAAUAAAAAACCGCAUGUUUUAUACAAAAACGACCAAGGUAUUUAUAAAACACUUAGAAUAAAUACUUUUUAA